AUGGUGCUGUUCAGGCUGAUUAACCCGGCACCUCUGACGGAGAAGGUGCAGUCCCGGCAGGGGAACAUCUAUUUAUACAGGGCCAUGUGGCUAAUUGGUUGGAUUCCUCCCAAAGAGGGAGUCCUGCGAUACAUCUACCUCUUCUGGACCUGCGUGCCAUUCGCCUUCGGAGUGUUCUACCUGCCCGUGGGCUUCAUCAUCAGUUACGUACAGGAAUUCAAGAAUUUCACUCCCGGCGAGUUCCUCACCUCGUUGCAGGUGUGCAUCAAUGUCUAUGGGGCUUCUGUUAAGUCAACCAUCACCUACUUGUUCCUCUGGCGAUUGAGGAAAACAGAGAUGCUUUUGGAUUCUCUGGACAAGAGGCUGCAGAACGACAGCGACCGGGAUAGGAUCCACAACAUGGUGGCCCGCUGCAAUUAUGCUUUCCUGAUCUACAGCUUCAUCUACUGCGGAUAUGCGGGCUCCACUUUCCUGUCCUAUGCCCUCAGUGGUCGUCCUCCGUGGUCCGUCUAUAAUCCUUUCCUGGACUGGCGCGAUGGCCUGGGCAGUUUGUGGAUCCAGGCCAUCUUCGAGUACAUCACCAUGUCCUUUGCUGUGCUGCAGGAUCAGCUGUCCGAUACGUACCCCUUGAUGUUCACCAUCAUGUUCCGGGCCCACAUGGAGGUUCUGAAGGAUCACGUACGCAAUCUCCGCACGGAUCCCGACCGGAGCGAGGCGGAUAACUAUCAGGACUUGGUUAACUGCGUAAUGGAUCACAAGACGAUAUUGAAAUGCUGUGACAUGAUUCGACCUAUGAUAUCCCGCACCAUCUUCGUGCAGUUCGCUCUGAUUGGAUCCGUUUUGGGCCUGACCCUGGUCAAUGUCUUCUUCUUCUCGAACUUCUGGAAGGGAGUGGCCUCUCUGCUGUUCGUCAUCACCAUUCUGCUGCAGACCUUCCCCUUCUGCUACACCUGCAACCUGCUAAUCGACGAUGCCCAGGAGCUGUCCAACACGAUUUUCCAAUCCAACUGGGUUGAUGCCGAGCCGCGAUACAGGGCCACAUUGGUCCACUUCAUGCACCAUGUCCAGCAGCCGAUUAUCUUCAUAGCAGGAGGCAUAUUCCCCAUCUCCAUGAACAGCAACAUAAGCGUGGCCAAGUUCGCCUUCAGCAUCAUUACUAUAGUGCGACAAAUGAAUCUGGCCGAGCAGUUCCAGUAGAAUUAGCUAACAAAAAUGAUUUCGAAUUAUCCUGCCCUUAAAAAAUGUACCCCCGGCUAUUCUUUAUGCCUGUGAUUUGCAUAAAAUGUGUAUUUGUUGUGGCUUAUCUCGUAA